GCGAGGGAAGAGUCGGCGGUGAGAAUAGGCGUCACAGAAAGCGACCCUCGCAUUGCCCCAUGCCAGACCGGCGUGACCUUUGACCUGCGUUGACCUGUGACCCCUCUUUCACCCAUGGACCCUCCCGAUGCAAAAGGCCUCCCAGGCCCCUGCUAAGCAGAAGCAUGUCCAGAGCACCCCAGGGGGCUGCAGCAGCACCCUUGCCCCCUCCCCCGCCCCCUCCUCCCCCUCCGCCCAGGCUAUGUGGGGCUCAGCUCCUCAAGGCCGCGCUGGAGCAAGUGGACCCUGGGGACCAGGACGGUGUUCGGGAGCUCCUGAGGCGCCGGAGGGCCAGCUUCAGCAUGCAUUUGAAGUGGCUCCUUUUCAACCGCCCCGUGUCUUCCUUAAUCCAAGAAGGCCCCCAGUGUGGCCUGGUGGCCUUGUGGAUGGCUGGGGCGCUGCUCUCUCCCCCCAAGGCUGUUUCCCUGGAGACAAUUGUUCAGGUGGCUUUGGAGAGAGGCUACACAGCCCAGGGGGAAAUGUUCUCAGCUGCCGACAUGUCCAAGCUAGCUGAGGAGGUGUUCCCCUGCCAGGCGGAGCUGCUCUCUGGAGGCCUGGGGCGAGAAAACUACCAAAGGAUCCUUCGUCACCUUAGCCAAGGCUUCCCUGUGUUGAUACCCUACGACGAAGACUCCAACCACGACCCCUGCCUCCGGAGCGGCUACAAGGCUCACUGGGCCAUUGCCUCAGGAGCUCUGCUGGGUCUGGAGGACAGCGUCCAGCUGGCCGCCUGCCAGGAGGACGAGGAGAUCCGGGGCCUCUUCCAUGCCAGUCCAGCCGUGGCCUCGACCCUCUCGCUGGACUCUCCCGCAGCAGAGACGUAUUUGCUGUCCAAGCAGGGCAAGAGCGGCCGCUACCAGCUCUGGCACUACUCCCAGGUAGAGGCCAGCAAUGGGCAGCUGACCGACUUCAGCCCAAAGCGGGCAGCCGACGGAAAGGUCUACAUCGUGCCAGCUGGGGGGGUGCGCGAGGGACUUUGCGGGAAGGCUGUGCUUCUGCGGCCGGCUGAGGGCUACCGGCCACGCUGAGCUGGCCAGAAGGAGGAACUGCUUUCCAAAGCUCCAACCGGAACCAAACGGACCAGGAGCCAGAAGUAGUUGUGGAUGCAGACGGGACCUUUAGCAACAGCCAUUGGGCACGAUAGCUGUGGAGCCUCUUUGUGCAGGCGCAGUAUACCCCCGAGUCCCAGCUGCAGGGGUCAGACAUGGGGAGGGCUCAUGUCUUUGUGCCUUAGGAGUGUUGCAGGGGCACCUGGCCUGCCUGGAAAGAGGAUGCUGAGACAAAUUCCUUCAUUGCAAGGGGUUGGACUAGAUGACCCUUGGACCCCUUUCCAACUCUGAAAUUCUGUGAAAUGGACUUGUCUCAGGUGAGAGACCCCUUCCGCCAACGGGUAGUCUCCUGUGCCAGCUGAGCUGCCUGGGAAAGAAACAGGAACAGGCCGUGUUUUUAUUGCGUUCAUACCCCAG